AUGCCAUUUUGGUUCCAACAGGACUACGGCGAGCAAAUCUACACGAUUCCUAACGUUGUGGACGAAAUCAAAGACCAGCAAACUCGAGAAUCUCUUCAAGUACUUCCUUAUGAGAUCAAGUACCGUGAGCCGAGUGAAGAUGAUCUCAAGUUUGUGGCCAACUUUGCAAAAAAGACGGGAGAUUUUGCUCAGCUUUCUGUCACCGAUAUGCGCGUGAUAGCGCUGACAGUUCGCCUUGAAAAGGAGAUCAAUAACGGCGUAAACCUGAAGGAAACGCCUGCCGAAAUAAAAGUUCUGCCCACAAAGUCGUCUGGAAAAUCUAAAGAUGCAACUCUUCGAGAUUUGCAGUUUUUUGGAUAUGACACCGCUGCUAAUCGGCUUAAGUCAGAUCUAAAGCAAACAAACGAUGAAGACAAAGUGAAUGAAAAUGACAGUACUCAGGAGGAUGAGCAAGAAAACAACGAAGAGGAGGUUUUGAUCGAUGAUGAUGAAGGCUGGAUCACAAAGGAGAACUGUGAGGAGAUUCGCCACAAACUGAUGGGCAUCAAAAUAGAAGAGAACACCGACGAUCAGCUGGAGAUCGGCUGUAUAACCGGAGAUUACGCCAUGCAGAAUGUUCUUCUACAAAUGGGCCUUAACGUGAUCUCGCCCAGAGAUGGACUGCACAUUCGUCAGACUCGGAAGUACGUUCUCCGUUGCUAUGCCUGCUUCAAAAUCAAUCCUCCGACUGCAAACCAGUUUUGUAAGUUCUGUGGCAACAUGAAGACGCUGAAGCGCGUUUCAGUGACUGUGAACGCUGACGGUACAACAAAGAUGCACAUCAACUUCAACAAGCCAAUCAACAUUCGCGGCACCAAGUACUCGCUUCCGAUGCCGCGAGCUGGCAAGCACGUCAACAAUCCCAUUCUUUGCGAGGACCAACAGGCGCCUCAGCAGCGAAAGUCAAAGUUGGCCACACAGGAGAAGAAACACCUGACGGUGGACUCAAUUCUCAACGACCCAGACUACUUGAUUCGCUCGAAUCCCUUUUCGGUGAAUGACGUCUACAGUCGUGGAUCGCGCGUCAACACGCACACCCGCAAAGCAAUGGUCAACCCGAAUGAAACGCGCAAACCGACGGGAAAUAAGAAAAAGAAAAAGAGUAACGUUUAA